AUGAAACAACACCAAGCCUUGAGAGAGGCCUGCACUAAUCCAGACAACUUGUUUACACUUUCUGAAAGAGACCUCGUGUCCUUGAUUUACCAGGAAUUCCCCAACGAGAUCGAUCGGCUCCGUCGGGCUUACUCCAUUCGCGAUCCUCAAGGAACCUCUCCUGAAACUCCAUCUCCUUCGCGCAUCAUAUAUGAGGAAGACUAUGAUGAAGUCAAUCGCACUUUAGUAGGCUUUCUUGCCUUGCGCUGGAUCCAUAAUGCAAAAUAUGAAGUUUUUGUCGGGUCCCAACCGCCAGAACUUCGAUUGACCAGAGAAUCAUUUGACUGGAUUCGUGAUUAUUACAAACGAGUCAUCACGGAUGCAAAUACUCUUUACGCCUUGAUCACCUCAAUUAUUAUCAAUGACCUAGGGAAAGACCCUGAAUUGUCAUUGGAUCACCAGAAGACGACCGGAGAAGAUAUUUCAGAUCUGAAUCAUGAUUACAUUCUCCUCAAAGCCUGCGGGUCCGGGCUGGUCCCAUGUCUGGAACGACAUUCUGCGGAGGAAAAAUAUGAUUUACUCCUAGGGAUUGAGAUUGGAGCUUUCUUCAAUUUUGGACAGCUAGGUCAAGCCGAGAAUGCACCCGCUGCUUUGACAAGCCUACUUCGGAUGGAAGGCCGAGAACGCAGCUUUCAGCUCCGAUUCAUGGAGCAAUUGCUCGACAUCGCUGGCGCCGCUGGCCACAUGGAUUGGACUUGCGCGAAGAAAUUGAACCAGCCUAUUUUUGAGUCAUAUCGGAAUGUCUUCCAUGCAUGUUACAGUGUCAUUAGUGGCACGCUGAAUGCCCGUCAAGGAUAUGACCAUGUCCUUAUCCGACGCGCAGAGUACAUUCAUAGAAAAGGCUUUCGAUUACUGAAAGUGAAAAACGACCAAUAUGAACGUGCCUUGAUGCGGCUAUUAUGCAUGGGCAAUGUGACGACAAAGAAGACCGCUGAAAUGUACGAGUCUGCGUUGAACUCCCUUCAACAAGCUACCAAGGAUGACCUUGUAUAUGCAUUGAAUGUGGAUGGUUCAGUGGACGAGCCAGCAAUCCAGCCGACAUAUGCCCCAGCUUUACUCAGUCUAAUCAAGAAGCAAAGGGAACUGGUGGCAGUAUUCGAGUACUUUUCUCGGGUCAUGAGCGUCAAGGCUCAGGUGGAUUCUUCGGCUAUUCUGGUUGAGCGAAGCGUGCUUGGAGUCCUUAAGCGGCAUAUUGAGAGCGAUAAGUUUCGCGAGAAUCCGUCAAUACUGGAAGAUGUCGAUGUGCCGGACGAUGUGAUUGCUCUUACUGUACAAUAA